AUGGCGGGACAAGAAGACACGCUGGACUUGUGGUUCAACGUGGACAUCCGCGGAGAAGCCCCUGCUGUUCAGUACGAAGGCAGCGUGCGGGGCCAAGUGCUGUACCCGCCGUCUUCACGUGCGAAGGCGCAGGGUGCUGCUGCUGCUGCUGCUGCUGCUGCAGUGCUCUUCGCCGUGCUGACGUGCUACUUGCUGCGGCGCAAGCGGCUGCGCAGUAGCAGCAGCAGCAGCCGCGAGACCGAGGAGGACUUCAACUCCGAUUCCGAAGCAGACUUGAAUUCAAAUUACGAUGAAGACGAAAGUUCAGAAGAAGAAGAAGAAGAAGAAGAAGAAGAGGAAGAAGAAGAAGAAGAUUUAGAUGCAGAUGAAGAAGCAGAAGACUCCAGCGGGGAGUUCGGCGAUUGGGAACUUCCCAAGCAACUCCGAGACGCAAAGCCGCAGCAGCAGGACUUCGAGCUUCCGCAAAAUGUGGUCCAGUGGUCACGGCGCUGGAAAGACGGCUCUGCUGCUCAAUCCGCUGCUGCUGCUGCUGCUGCUGCUCCUGGGUACAAUUCCCCCACUUCGUUCGCUGAAACGGACACAGUUGCAAUAUUCGAGAACAUAGUGGUUUACGGCGGAACAAUGGAGUUCAGGAGGCCGUCGAGCAGUCAUCCGGGGAAAUUCGACACCUUUCUGAUCACGGCAGUUCCUGACCCGUGGCUGUCCGAAGACGAACUGAACUCGCACCCCCUGGGGCCGCUGCGGAAAGAGUUUUCUCCGGUGGCCGCGGGAUAUAUCGAAGAGGCUCUGCAGAAGGUGCCGGCGAGGGAGCUAGAGGGAACCGAACACAACCCGUUCAAGGUGGUCAACCUUGAAGGGUACGGGAAGUUCCUGCUGCAGUUGGCCAGGGAGGACCAGUACAGCCCACUGCGUGCUCUGCCGCGAGGAUCGAAGGCCAAAAGACCCACCAGAGAGCUGAGGAAGGAAGUGACAGUCGGCUCUGUGGAGGAGGCGUCUGAAGAAAUCGAAACAAUUUUGAAGACUGGGCGGGGUGUUGUUUUAUGCCACCUCCCCACCGCGGAUGUCGCCGUUGUGUUGAACCAGCCUGAGGGUUUCGACGAAGCUAUUCCCAUUCUGACGGAAGACUUUGAAGAUUUGGACUCUUUCCGCAUGGAGUUGGAGACCGGAAUCGAAAGUCUGGUUCAACGAGCUGCAAGUCAAUCCAACCCCUACAAAGUCAUCCGGAUGGGACACAGGCCCGGCGUGCCAGCGACAACUGUCAUUUCGCUCUACGGAACGGAGGCGGAUCUUAUGGACGUCGAUGGGCACGUGGGAUUCUGGGGGUUCAAGAAGCGCCUGGGCGCAGCGGCGCUCACUGCAGCAGCUCUCCGCCUCAGUAGGUGCAGGGCGCUGCAGCUUGUGCUUCCGUCAUGCCAGUUAUGUUCAAGUGCCGCAAAGGCCCUUGUUGCAGAGGAGAAGCAGGAAGGGCUUCGCUGGGAGCUGCCUAUUAUGCACAGCCCCGUUUGCCGGGUCUGCGGGCUCUGCUUGUCCUGCUGUGGCGAGUCAGUGCAGAUAUGUGUACAGCUAGGAGAUGCUAAGGAGUCUGCGGGUCAUUUCUCAAUGGGUUUUGCUGAGCAAUGGCUUUUGCUGAUCUUUUCAACCACAGAUCGCGGGUGA